GCGCCCCCUAGUUCGGGACACGCGUUGAAAUCAUUACAGCUAAGCGGGUGUAGCUGAACCAUAGCCAGCGGGAGACUUGCCUUGGGGAAGUUUAUUUGAGCACAUGUUUAUAUAGAAUGUUCCAUGUAUGUGCCAGUCAUGUUUAAAGGCUUCCCAUGGUCAGGCAAUACACAGUGAUGUAUAGAUGACCUUUGCAUAGUGAUAUAGAACAAUAGCUCAAUCCCGGGGGGCAACUUUGUAUCUAUCUGCCAUGCUCAGAAGUCAGCUGAUCCAGGCUAUUCUGCAAAGAGUUCCCUGCUAAUUCAAUGUAUUUAAAAUCAACAUGAUGGUCCUAAGUGAUUGCAUUGUUGGCAUGCUGGAUGGCGAAGCCACAGUUUCAUUCUGCAGGGCUUUAUGGAAAUCGGUGCAGUCUGCAGCAUGCCUUUCAUUCUGUUGCUGUAUAAAGAAUCCCUGCUAAUCGGAUGGGUAGAGCUCAGCUUAGUUUGCCCCAUUGAACAAGACUACGUAGGGGCACUGCUUGUCAUUAACCUGCGAGAGUGAAGAGGAGGAUUACAUGGAUAUGGAAGAUCCAGAAGCUGUGGACAGUGAAGCCCCAAAUAUCAUCAACUUUGAUACCAGCUUGCCAACAUCUCAUGCAUAUCUUGGGGUGGACAUGGAAGAGUUCCAUGGACGGACACUGCAUGAUGAUGACAGCUGCCAACAGAUUCCAGUACUGCCCAAUUUGCAGGUCAUGCUAAUCCCAGGGCAGACCCUGCCUCUUCAUCUUUCCAGGCCACAAGAAGUCAGCAUGGUGCGUGGUCUUAUUCAGAGGGACAGGACCUUUGCUGUGCUUGCAUACAGUGGUGGUCCUCAGAGAGAAGCACGCUUUGGAACUACUGCUGAAAUCUAUGCAUGUCGAGAAGAACACGAGUUUGGGAUUGAGACUGUAAAAGUGAAAGCAAUUGGAAGGCAGAGGUUUCAAGUUCUGGAAACAAGAACUCAGGCUGAUGGGAUUCAACUGGCUCGGGUGAAAAUCCUUCCAGAGAGGGUUUUACCCUGUCCCAUGACUUCUCUGCAAUUGGACUCUCAAAGUCGGCGUCUGCUUUUCCCAGCUAAUAAGCCAGUGAGCAGCCGCAGCCCACAGAGCAAAUGCCAGUGGCUUCACAAGUAUCGCAGGAGGAAGUUCCUUGGUGCUAGUCUGACCUCCUGGCCUUCCUGGCUGUAUGCUCUGUAUGAUGCAGAUUCCCUUAUGGAACGAGUGAAACUACAGCUGCACGAGUGGGAUGAGAAUCUGCGAGAUGAUUCUCUGCCAGCGAAUCCUAUUGAUUUCUCGUACCGGGUCGCAGCCUGUCUCCCUAUUGAUGAUGCGUUACGUAUCCAGCUUUUGCAGAUUGGAAAUGCCAUACAGCGUCUGCGUUGCGAGCUUGACAUCAUGAGUAAAUGUACAUCGCUGUGUUGUAAGCACUGUCCUGACACUGAGAUUACCACAAAGAACGAGAUCUUUAGUUUAUCACUUUGUGGUCCGAUGGCUGCAUAUGUGAAUCCUCAUGGUUAUGUUCAUGAGACUCUGACUGUCUACAAAGCUUUUAAUCUGAGCUUGGUGGGUCGUCCUUCUAUAGAGAACAGCUGGUUCCCAGGGUUUGCCUGGACAAUUGCACAAUGUAGGGUCUGUGGAAGUCACAUGGGAUGGAAAUUCACUGCAGUGCGGAAAGACCUCUCACCUCAGAAGUUUUGGGGCUUGACCCGUUCAGCGUUGCAACCUCGAAUCCCAGAACCGGAUGAAGGGGAAGUGGGGCAUGAUCACUCCCCAAUCUUGUGUCUGUGAAUCAGGGACUGCUUUAUCACUGCUCUGCUUUUUCUCUUGUCUCGCCAACAAAUGUUCUUAGCUCUGCACAAGACAGAUGCUCUGCAGGUGUGAGGUUCUGCAUGUGUCCCAGCAUGUGACAUCAUAUUGCUGAUAAAAGGUACCUGUCCUAUAUUUUAGCCCUUUGUAUGUAAAUAUGGAGAAUGGCUGUCACGUUAUGCCUUUUUGAUUAGGAUUAUGUAAAUACCAGUGCAGUCUGCAGUAUGUUCUCCCCAUGCAUUGCUUAUAUCAAAGCUUUUUGUUCCCCUAGAACAAAACCUCUGUUUUAUAGAAUGCCAUCAUAGAUACGCCUUUUUUUUUACAGCCUCUGAAUUUUAUGGAAAUGUCUUGUUUUCUCACACUGUUAUCAACACCAUAUCAUCAACCAUAUUGGGUUCUAAAUAGGGAUGCACUGAAUCCAGGAUUCAAUUCGGGAUUUGGCCUUUUUCAACAGGAUUUGGAUUUGGCCAAAUCCUUCUGCCAGGCCGAACCAAACCUGAAUUUGCAUAUGCAAAUUAAGGGGUGGGGAAGGAAAUCACGUGACUUUUUGUCACAAAACAAGGAAGUAAAAAAUGUUUUCUCCUUCCCACCGUUAAUUUGCAUAUGCAAAUUAGGAUUUGGUUUGGAAUUUGGCCGAAUCUUUCGCGAAGGAUUCAGGGGUUCGGCCGAUUUCAAAAUAGCGGAUUCGAUGCAUCCCUAGUUCUAAAUAAACAAAAUUAGCCAAAAUGAAUGUAAUGCCUAAGAUUUUUUUUAAUGAUUUUUGGGUCCACAAAUUAUUUUUGUAAUAUAUUUUAUUUUUUAGAAAUAUCUACUAAAAAAACGGAAUGUUCCCUAACCUCUCCUGUCAUACGGCUACUACUCUUUAUGAUCCACUGGGUGCUCCUAAUUGUCAGUCCUUGGUUUCAAGGACCCCGUCUAAAAAACAAAUGCUCUGUGAGGUUGCAAACAUAUCGUUAUUGCUACUUUUUAUUAUUCAUCUUUCUAUUCAGGCCUCUCCUA